GAACCUGCGCGUUACAGACAUUUACGGUGCAGUUUUUUGUUUAGUUUCACAACUAAAUCCUGCUGACAGUAGCCUAGAAGCUGAGAAUAUACAUGGAGUUCACCAGCAGCAAUUACUGCAUAUUCUGUGAUAGAACAAAUGUUGUAAUAAAUUGUCUGCGAGGCCACUAAAAAGGCACACAUAUGACGAGCACUAAUUCCAAGAUUGAUUGAUAUUUGGGAUAUUUGCAGGGAUAUAUUUGAUAAGUCGCUGUCUUUCAGACCUCCCCAGUGCUCCAGUCACUGUCAAAUGUCAGCUCCAGCAUCCGAAGGUAGGGGCGAUGUGCCCCGCCAGUAUGGCUCAAUGGCUGAGUACUGCACUGAUCUACGGCUCUGGAUGGCACGUGUGCAGCAAACACGCUGCAUGGAGGCCAUGUUUCCCAUUUGGUUGUCUCAGCAGCUGGCUGCCGGAUCACUGCCACAGCAGCAGCAGCAGCAGCAGCCAGGAGUGAGGUUUGGCUUUGCCAACCAGGCUGCUGCACCUCCACCUCAGGAGCAGCAGCAGCAGCCCCAGAGAGGUAUCGAGUUUCGUAUUCCGCCACUGUGGAAGCGUCUUGUGGCUGAAACGGUCGACUUCUUCAUCCUGAUGAUUAUCAAGUUCCUGCUUGCGUACAUCGCCAUCGACCAGUUCGGCCUCAUUGACCUGACCAAGUACGACGUGGACACGCUGGUGAAGGUGGCCAGCGGAGGUCAGGCCGACAUGAGCUACACACUGGCCAUGGAGAUGACCUCCGAGCUGCUCAUGCUGGAGAUGGUCAACCGCGUCUCCGUCUGCUGGUUCGAGGCGCUGUGUCUGCGCUGCGGCGCGUGGGGUGUGCCGGGCGGCGCCACCCCGGGCAAGUACCUGGUCGGUGUGCGCGUGGUACGCUGUGACUGGGUGGCGCCCUCGCUCGACGACCACGUAGUGCUGGCGCCCGGCGGCGACCUCGGCCUGGCGCGCGCCCUCCUGCGCAGCAUCAUCAAAAACGUCAGCGUCACCUUCUUCUUUCCGAUGUUUGUGACGGUGUUCUACCUGGACCACAACCGGACGCCGUACGACCUGCUGGCCGGCACCAUCGUCGUCGAGCCGGCCAGGCGGUGAGUCGGUGAGACGGUGGGCUGGUGAGAGGGUGAGAGACUGCUCGGUCCCCCUGCCCGGGCGACCGUCCCUUGCGGCCAUAAUUAAUUGCACCGGGUGGCGUGUCCGACAUCAUAUGGUCUGUGGUGAGAACUUGUCAUGGUUAAGGUGUCGUGGAUGGACUGAAUGAUUGGUUUCAGAGGCGAGGUGGCUAUGUGCAUAUAGAACGUUUCCUGGAGCUUAGGGAGCUUCAUUGUGAGUUGUGUUGAUAUGUUAUUGGAGAACCAGGGCCGGUCGGAAAGGCUCUGUCUGGGCCUGUGGUGAUUUAUGUUUUCAAUUUAUGUAUAUUUAAACUAUGGUCGUGUCAAAUAAGUUGAUUUAUGAUCGCUGCAUGGUGAUAUCUCUCCUGUGUGUGAUAGAUGUGUUUGUAUGCCGCUAUUUGUCUCCAAGAAUCUACAUGAUAUGGUGCACCGCAUUUUCAGUGACUCGACAUGGACCAUGGAUAUAAUUGAGGUCAGAUGAUAAGUUCUCUUAACUCACUGGGUACCAUUUUUACGGUGUCGGAAAUUAUUACGUUUGGUUUGAGUGGAAAUUUGUUAUUUCAUUAAAUAUUAUAUGGCCACCUAUAUAAAUGCUGAUUUCCGUAACAUUACCAAUGAAGUGUUUCUGAAUGAUAUGAAAUUCAAUGUUCUCUCAGCCCCUUAAACAUGUUAGAUUCCCAGAGUUGGUGACCGAAAGAUGUAAAAUAUUUUGGCUUUUGAAAGACGAAGUGGUAUUGUCAAGUCCUUUACGGAUCUCCAUUGUUGCAUGUAAGUAUCCUAAGAAUUCAAGUAUUUCCUUACCAUGCAUUACUUUGUGUCACCUUGCUCAUUGCUGGUAGUCCAAUUAAAAAGCGAUCAAUUAACACUCACCGGAGACUCGUUUGCAACUGUGCGAUGAUGGAAACUACAUACAGGUCCGUUCCUAUAGCACAUGAGAAUAACUUAGCCUGGAUCCGAAUGGCAUCAACCGUGUAUGACCGGCGGCGAGAACUACGCCAUUGUGUGACGUCUAACUGAAUUUUGGUCUGUGAGCGCAAGUCGAAUGAUUGCGAUAUUGAGUAUUUUGUCCAACGUGAUUAUUAUUUUGUUAAUGUAUGGGUUGCCCAAAAA